AUGGAGUACGCUUCUGGAGGGUCUUUAGCUGAUGAGCUUAAAAAUUCUGGUGAACAUCGAUUAUCGGAAUCAGACAUCCGGCGAUACACGAAGUCAUCACCAAGAGGGCUUCACUAUAUUCACAUGAAUGACAUUCCAAGAGAAAGAGAGGGUCUGUGUGAGAGAGAUGGGAAUGGGAAAAAGAAGAUUGAGAUAAAGAAAAAGGAGAAAGAAUUGGACGGAAUGGUGACAUUCUCAAAGAGACGUCAAGGCCUCUUCAAGAAAGCCCGUGAGCUCCACCUGAGAACCAAUGCUAACGUCGCUAUCCUCGUUUUCUUAGAAGUCGGCCAAGUUUACACUCAUGGAGACCCCUCUUUUGAAGCCACCAUUGAUAAGUACUUGAGCACUCACCAAGAAAUUAUUAUCCGUGACGAUCAUGUUCCGACCGGCCAGGUUUACACUCACGGCAACCCAUCCUCUAAGGCCACCAUUGAUAAGUACUUGACAACUAACCAAGAAAGCCAUAGAGAUUGUGAGACCAACUCGUAG